CUCUAGUGGAGACCAUACUAAAGGUCACACAACAAUGGUGGUUAUAGUCACCGUUGGAAAUCCAGGAAAGAAAAUGUAAAAGGUGGUACAAGAAAAAGAAAUAUAAACCUACGAGUAAAUCUAGAAUCAAGAAAGAUUCAUAAUUUCACGCUAAGUGAAGCAAUCUCAAACAAUACGAUACCACUCACUGAGUUUGAAGUGGACUAAACAACGAGUCAUUGGAUGACUGUUUGAGAAUCUAAUUCAACAAAAAAAAGUGAAACGAAAUGAACAAAUACAAAUAAUCCAUACCUACAUUUCUACAUUUUAAAAUGCGUAUUGACUAACUCUCUAAUAACAUAGCUGAAAGAUCCAACAUUGGCAUUCAAUUCGUUGAAUAACAAGUUAUCAAAAAUUAAUGAGUUAGUUCUAAAAAGAAGAAAUCGGUGGAAACAAACAAUCAAGCCAACACCCAUAAAAAUUGCACUUUAGAACAAACAUUGGAGUAGUAGUGGGUGGGAUUGAGGAGGGAAAGGCGUGUGGUUAGAGACUUGUAGAAGAGGGGAUCAAAAAGUUAAAUGGCCAAUGAUGAAAGGUGAAGGCAGAAUCAUUUCCACCUUCAUCAUGAACAUGAUUCAUUUGGUGCUCCUUCUUUCACUUUCUAAACCAUAAACAAGAUGGAAAAAAAAAUGCAGAACCCUAGCAAAUUGGCAAAGCUCCUCCCUUCUUUUCCCCCAUUUACCACCAAAUCUGUUUUAUGUCUACCUCUUGUCCUGAACUCAUGAAGGGUCCUACAAAUUCAAGGGCACUCUUCCAUUUCAAUGUUCCACCUUCCACCUCAUUAUUCCCCUUGCCUCCCACCAUUUUCCUCCUUACCACAAAUCAGGAACACCUUGGCCUACUUACAUGAUCUCCCAACUAUGAAAACUAGCCAAAGCUCCAAACUUUUUCAAAACCCACUUAACCAUAUAUCCACACACCCCAAACCCAAACCAUCAUUUGCUGAAACAUAAGCCAAAAAUAUGCAUUUUCCUCCAAAGCUAAGAGCCCCAAAACACAUGCUCUCCCUCAAGGCACUCUGCAUAUUUCCCCUGCUGCGAGGCUGCCUGUUCGAUGGGUGCAGGGAUCACACACAAGGCUCGGGUUUCGGGACCAGAAUCUGGAACCUGAGUGACCGGCCCAUCGAGCUUCAGGUUCGAGUCGGGUCGAUCCUGAAAAAGGUUCACACUUUGAAGCCAGGGUCUUCAAAGAGACUCAAGUGCAAGAGCAUCUACAAGGCCUACAUGCCAGGUGGCGGCGGCAGAGGUGGUCGUGGUGGCGGCGUUGGAGGUGACGGUGGUAGCGGAGGGACGAGGAACCUGCUGUAUUACUAUGAUGAGACGUGCCAGCCAUACAUAUGGGUUCAUGACACAGGUGGGGAUUUCACGAGGAUGGUGAAGCAGCAGUACUUGAGCUUGGAGGAUUUGAGGGAGUGUUGUGAGAUUAGGGUUCUUAGGGAUGAUCAGCGUGGGUGCAUUGCUGUUAGGAAGAAGCCUAGGCCUGAUUUCUGCUGAUAACGAAUGAUCGGAUAUGUGAUUGGGAACUUGUCUGUGUAUUUUUUUUUUUUUUUCUUUUUCUUUCUGAUUGUUCUUGUUGUUGUAGUGGUAGACUAGUAAUGAUGUUUCUUUCUUUCUUGUGGUUCCUGUCUUGUUAUUUUUAGUUGUGAGUUAAGGAGAAAACGAUCUCUGUGUGUUUCUGUGAAGAACUGAGAUUGAUGAAUCCGGUUUUCAAUUUGCUUGAUAGCGGUUGAUUCCUUUGGAGGUCAAAGUCUGGCAAGGUUAGAAGAGAAGCAACAAAUGAUCAAAUUGGUUUUGGAAACAACACAAAAUCUGUUGUAGUCUAGUUGGUCAGGAUGUUCGGCUCUCACCCGAAAGACCCAGGUUCAAGUCCCGGUAACGGAAUUCUUUUUAACAUUUUCUGGUCAUUUGUAGGCUCUUCAGUCUUCAUACGAUUGAUAGAAACAAGUAAUGAUGACAUCGUUAGCGAAACUUCCUUGUGAUAGUAAGAACUACUUGAUUAAAAUAUAAAUUUUGGC